GCCGGUGGGUGCGGGAGGCGCUGGGAAGGGGGCGGCGGGCAGCGCCGUGACGGGGCACGGGGCGAGCCCGCGGUGUCCCGCGGGGCAGCGGGAUCGGCUCCCGGGCCGGACAACUUCCUGCGGACUUGGGCUCCGAGCGCUCCGUCCCGCGGCCGGGGCGCCGUGGAUAAGCCCGGAAAGUUAGCGAAGGCGGAGGGCGGGCGGGGAGCCGGGAGCCGGCCGGGAUGGGCGGCAGGGAGCCGCCGCCGGCCACGCUGCCGGGGCUGGGUGGCAGCCCCCGGGAAGCUCAGCUCAGAGGCUGGAGAGGAGAAUAACUGCUCCAAAGACUCGCAGAAGACUUUCGGGUUUCUUGCGCAGCCAACCACUCGACAGAAUUCUUCAGCCUCUUGUUUCAAAAGACCUUGAACAAUUUUCUGCUGUUCCACACUCUUUGGUGCCACAUUUCAGCAAAAAAAAAGAUCCAAAGAGGAGGAUGAGGCAGCUGAGAGGAAAACCCAAAAAAGAGACCUCCAAAGAUAAAAAGGAGAGAAAACAGGCAAUGCAAGAGGCACGGCAACAGAUCACCACCGUGGUGCUCCCCACACUGGCUGUCGUAGUGCUGCUGAUUGUCGUGUUUGUUUAUGUAGCGACUCGUCCAAAUACAACUGAAUGAUGCAGCUUUUCAGACUCUCUAGCUUUGGGAUAUUAAUUUUACCAAGAGCCAAAAGGAACUCUGCUACUCUUUUAGUACUUUGCAAAGGAUCUUGCUGGUAUUUUCAGUCUUUCUCUUGGCUAGAGUCCCAUGGAUUCUCUUUAGGAAUGUAACAUAAAACGUAUUAGUGAAUGUGCCAGUACGUUUUAUGGCCCAGUUAUGUGCCUUUCAGACUUUUAAAAAUGGUGUUUUUCUUAAAGCUGUUUGAAGCUCUAUAUUGUAAAAUGAAAUCGUGUUCUGCUAUAAAUUUGUAAAAAAUCAGCUUUCAGCUUUUAUCACUGUUACGGAUAAUGUUGCUCCCAUGAGCUCUUGUAUGUCUAUUUCAGAACUUCCAAAGAAGUACAUUUCUUCUUUGUACUUAAUGUCAUAUGAAGUGCUUUGAUUCAGAAAGGAUAUAUUUAUUUUUUGAAUAAAAGAAGUCUUACUUGGAAUCUUCAAAUUAUUUUGAACAAAAAUGUGACAUUGUGAAAGCCUAUAUUGUGUAAUAAUUUUUUCAUCAACUACUAUAUAGUUCACUCAAAAAGGAUUUCUUUUUGGUGCAAGAUAUCAACAUGCACAGUGAGUACUUCAGGAUCUGUUGGAUGGAAUCUUACAGAACUUGGCCAGGGAGAUUCUGCCAGGUUACGGUGAAGUAACUAAUAAACUACAUAAACACAGAUGGUUGCUUAUCUGAAUGUUCAGUAUUUGAAACUGUGUAAGUGGCAAUAAAAAGGUGGUUUUGCAUAUAGCUCUUGAUUAUUUCUUCUAUUAAAAAUGGAAAACUAAUA